AUGGAUUUCGAUAUUGAUGCUGUUCUUGAUCAAUUAGAAAAGACGCUCAAUCAAUCGAAUUUUGAAGAGAAAGAAACAAAUCAAACUAUUGAAACAUUACCUUCAGAGUCUCUCCCUUUUCACAAUACUUCUAGAAGAUCAGCUGAUGAAUUACUUCUACUCGAUCUUGAUCCUUUGGGAAAUACAGAAAAUCAUGUUGAUCAAGAAAAUGAUGAUAAACUAGAUCGUUUUAAACAAGAUUUGGAAGAAUUAUAUGCAACAUCAACUGUGAUUGAUUCAUCAACAAUAUUACCUCCAACUCCAACAUUACCUGAUAUUAUUGGUCAACAAGAAGAAUUAUCAUCUACAUCAUUACCAUUAGCUGUUGAGCAGCUUGAAAACGAAGUGCGUGAAGAAAUUUUACAUCAUACUCUUGAAUCACCAUUAUUAUUACCUGAUUUAACUACACUCACAAAUAGUAAUUUAGAUAAUAAGAAUGAAACUAUUUUACUAUCCAGAUCAUUAUCUUCAAAUGAAGAAGAUACGGAAGAACAAUCAACAGCAGAAUCUAUAAUUGAAACAACACCAGUAUCAAAUAAUCUAUUAUUUCAAAAUGAACCUGAUCUUAUUCAACGUGAGACACCAACAACAGUAUUACAUAGUGUUGAUAGUAUUGUUAAUGCAUCAGUAGUACAUGAUGUUAAAGAUUUUGUUGUUCCUAAUCCACCAAAAAUUGAUCUUGAAUCACUUCAAAUAUCUUCUGAACUUGUUUUUACUUCAUGCAAUGAUAAUGAUGAAGAACCAGUUCAAUCAAUAUCUGAAGAAUUUAUAGCUAAUUCACCAAUUCCUUCUCCUUCUGCAAUAACAACAACAACAACUAAUGCACCUAUACAAGAUUUUGAUCUUGUUAAAAAUAUUUUAUCAGAAAUUUUUGAUAAACCAGAUGAAGAAAUACUUGAUGAAAGUCUUAUUGAAGAAAAAGAACCAGAAAUGAUUAAUAUUGAACAACAAGAUAUUCUUGCACCACCAGCAUCAUUAACAACAAAUGAUAAUGAAGAUUUUCGUUUUCUUGAUGAAAUGCUUGCAAGUGUUGAUAUAUCUGAUGGUGAUAUUCAUCAAUUAACUCCUGCUGAAAUUGAUCGAGUAGAUAAUUUACUUAAACAGAUUAUUGAUUCCCAACAAACAGAUGAUAUACCAACAUCAACGUCGAAUGAAAUUGAAUCUUGUCCACCACCAUCAUCGUUGUCUCCUCCUCCUACUUCAGAACGACCACCAUCACCAGAAUUAGUAGCCGGUGCAGCGUCAUCAUCAGUACCUAUCGAUGAAGAAUUAAUUCGUGUCGAACAAGAAUGGGCGAAAUUAACUGAAGAAGAAAAACAUCUUGGUUCUGUUGCACCUCAAUGGGUAAGCGAUGAUCUCGCACCUGUAUGUAUGAAAUGUGCAAGUAAAUUUUCAAUAACUCGUCGUCGUCAUCAUUGUCGUGCAUGUGGAAAAGUUUAUUGUUCAACAUGUUGUUGGCAGAAAGUUAAAUUAAUUCAUGAUGAUAGUAAAGAAGAUCGUGCAUGCAAUGAUUGUGUUAAAACAAUCAAUGAAGUUGAAUAUUUAUGGACUUAUAUGCGUAAUAAUCAAAAACCUCGUACAUCUGUGUUACGGAAAAGAACAGGUAAACAUGUUUUCCUACGAUAA